AUGGGUCUCCGCGAGCGGUACCGGCGGUGGCGGGAGGAGCGAUUGACUGCCGAGUCUUCAAAUCUUUCCAGCCCCCAGACUCAGAGCGACUGCGCGCCGCCCGUCGAGCACGUCCAGCACGUCGACCGUGCAAAUUACGUCCGCCCGGAACCCGAUCAGAUCGUCUGCGCCCCUGCUCAAGACCCUCCCACAAGCCUCUGGGACCGCGCAUACAAAGCACUCGGGGAACAUGAGCCAGAGCUAGUAGCGAAGUACGAGGGCUUGCUAUUCGACGAGUUAAAGACAAUAGGCAUGUUCUCCCCUUCCCCUCCUACUUGGGUAUCUAAGGUAUUCUCUUAUCGUACUAGUACUUUGGACGGGGCCAACAGUACUACGACUACCAACACGAGCGACAAACUGGGCCGGGAGCGCUUGCAGACAAUAACCGAGCGAGGCCUGAAGCGUCUGGAUGAAAACAAACUCAAAUGGACCAUUGCCGGCCAUGAAAUCGCCGUGGGAUAUCGUAUUGCUCAGGCUGCCGACCUGGUGCUGUGGGCCAAGGGCUGGAUCGAUCUCGCCACCAAGGCCUCGCCCGAGGCUUCCAUUGCCUGGGCCGGCAUUUCCAUUGUGCUCCCGCUUCUCACAAAUCACAGAACCGCCGAGCAAGCCAAUCGUGAAGGCUUCACUUAUGUGACCACCCGGAUGCGCUACUACACAGCAUUUCAGCCUGAGGUUUUCAGCCUUGCGCAAAGUGGCGACUUUAGCGGAGAGCUGAUGGCCGAAGUCACCGCCCACAUUGUGGAACUUUAUGAGAAGAUUUUGGAAUUCCAACUCCGAUCCGUCCUCAGAUUAUAUCAAAGUCGCUGUAAAGGACUUGCACGGGAUGUGGUCGGGUAUGACGACUGGGCAGGAUGGCACAAGAAAAUCACCGGCCUAGAGACUGUUGUCAACCAAGAUCUGGAGCGCAUCAACGCUUUCGUGGCGAGAGGGAAGCUGGAAGACCUGAGGAAGCAGAGCAUUCAGUCCCUCGGCGACAUGCAGCGCUUACUCGCCACUGGCCAGGAGCACCUCCAAGUUGCGAAACAAACCCUUGAGAUCCAGACUGGCAUUGCCAGGCAGAGUCGGACUGACAAGGAGGAACAGUGUCACCAGUUGUUUCGCUUGACAGCAGGGACCAAGGAUGUCUCGUACGAGUGGUACAAAGACCGCGUGGAAGACCGAGUGAAAGAUACCUGCCAGUGGUUCCUCGAACACGAGAACUUCAAACAGUGGCUCGAACAAGGUUCGGGGCCGCUCUUGGUUUCAGCAGACCCCGGCUGCGGCAAGUCAGUCCUGGCAAAGUAUCUGAUCGACCAGGUGCUGCCUGGGUCUCCCAACGACGCCAGCAUCUGCUACUUCUUUUUCAAGGACCAGGACCAGAACACUGUCAGCCAAGCGCUCUGCGCUCUACUCCAUCAGCUCUUCACGCACAAGCCCCCCCUAAUCCAGCAUGCCAUUUCCAAACAUGCGCAAGAUGGCCCAGCUCUGGUCAGAAACACCGCAUCCUUGUGGAGCAUUUUGGAAGACGCCAUACAGGAUGCCCAGACGGGGUCCGUCAUCCUAGUCCUGGAUGCGCUGGACGAAUGCCUCGAACCUGAGUUCCGGGAUCUAGCCCGGAAGCUGAAGCAACUCCACCGAAGCACGCGGCAGCAGCAAUCUCACGGCAAGCUCCGGACUCUGCUAACUUGCCGACCAUACGAGGGUAUCCUCGCGGAAUUCCGGGAUCUCGUCGACGACUUUCCAUUCAUCCGCAUUCCAGGCGAAGAUGAGUCAGACGCCAUCAGCAGAGAGGUGAAUCUUGUGGUCGCCCAUCGAGUCGAGCAACUCGCACGGGAGAAAGAGCUCGGAGACGAUGUCAAGGGCCGCCUGAAGGAGCGGCUACUUGGCGUCAAACACCGCACCUACCUUUGGGUGUACCUCGUGUUCAACUUCCUGAAAGAGUCCGAUUUUAAAAGGACCAUGAAGGGCGUCGAUGCCAGCCUCGCAAUGGUCCCUGAGAACGUCAACCAAGCAUACGAGAAAAUACUCAGCAAAUCUCACCAGACCGCCAUGGUUCGGAAAGCGUUGAGCAUCAUCUUGGUGGCAAGCAGGCCUCUAACGCUAUCGGAAAUGAACAUCGCCGUCAACAUAGACACCGAUACCAGCAUCCCAGAGGCCCUCGACUUGGAAUCGGAAAAGGAUUUCCAAGUCCGUCUGAGGUCGUGGUGUGGACUGUUUGUCUCGGUGUACCAUGGCAAGGUCUAUUUCCUCCACCAGACAGCCAGGGAAUUUCUCCUCGCCCCCCUGUCGCCACUGACGACAGCCAUGCCGGAUUCGCACUGGCAUCACUCUGUCACCACCCGCGGUGCCCACCAAGCCCUUGCUGAGAUCUGCGUCACCUACCUCGAGCUCUUCAAUUCACCAGAGACUUCUCCCAGUGGGGCAUGUGCCGAUUUCUUAGAUUACUCGGCCAACUACUGGCCUGACCAUUUCCGUGAAGCUUCAUUCAACGGCUCCAAUAGCAUUAUCCAUCGCGGAGUCAGUCUCUGCGACCGGCACCUAGAAAAUUUCUGGAAAUGGUACCAGAUCUACCGGCGGUCGCAUUAUCCACCACAUCCGUACAAUUUAGAAUCUCUCCAUCUCGCAGCAUAUUUCGCCCACAAUGCUGUUCUCGGGUUUUUGCUAGAUGGAGGUGCCAAUAUCGAAGUUAAGGACGGAGAUGGUCAAACACCACUUGGCCUGGCCGCUGUAGGUGGUCAUGAGGCUAUUAUCAAGCUAUUGCUUGAUAAAGGUGCCAAUAUCGAAGUGAGGGAUAAUGAUGGUCAAACACCACUCGCCCUGGCUGGUGAUGAAGCCAUUGUCAAGCUAUUGCUUGAUAAAGGUGCCGAUAUCGAAGUGAGGGAUAAUGAUGGUCAAACACCACUUGCCCUGGCUGCUAUAGGUGGUCUCGAGGCCAUUGUCAAGCUAUUGCUUGAUAAAGGUGCCGAUUUUGAAGUGGAGGAUGGAGAUGGCAAUACACCACUUACCUGGGCUGCUAGACACGGUCACGAGGCCAUUGUCAAGCUAUUGCUUGAUAAAGGUGCCAAUUUCGAAGCGAAGGAUAAAGAUGGCAAGACACUACUUGCUCAGGCCACUGAACGCGGCGACGAAGCUAUUGUCAAACUGCUGAGCAAUAGAGGGGCUAAAAGCUAA